AUGAUAACUCCUUCUGCCGACUCUAAGGCUAUUGUUGCCUAUAAUUCUCCGGAUGGGAAGUCUCUUAAUUGGAAAUUAGAAACCGUCCAAGUCAGAACCAGCUUGAAACCCCAUGAAGUGCUUGUGGAAUUGAAAUCUGUGGGGAUUUGUCAUACCGAUAUGGCGUUUGGGAUGCAGACCCCGAUCCCUAAAAUCAUGGGCCAUGAAGGGUCCGGUUACGUGAAAGCGGUGGGUGAAGCGGUUAGUGUGGCCAAGAUCGGUGAUCCGGUGGUGCUUUCAUACAGUUGUUGCGGGGAUUGUAAAUUCUGUAAAACUGACAGAAACUCAUAUUGUACUUCGAUGAGCACCCAGAAUCUUUUUGGCACUGAUGAUGACACCACUUUUAUGACCGAAGCUGGCGAACGUGCCGAAGGGAAAUUCUUUGGCCAAUCGUCGUUUUCUAAUAUCACCGUGGUUAAUGAAAGUUGUGUUGUAAAUGUUAAAGAAUUUGACUUGACAGAACAACAAAUGAUUGAGUUGGCACCAUUUGGGUGUGGGAUUCAAACCGGGGUGGGUGCAGUGAUCAAUGCCGCUAAAGCAGAAAAGGGUCAAAGUGUGGUGGUUUAUGGGAUGGGAGGGGUGGGUUUUGCGGUGAUGAUGGCUGCGAAGAUGGCGGGAUGUUCACCAAUUAUUGCGGUUGAUCUUGUAGACUCGAAAUUGGAGUUGGCAAAGACUUUGGGGGCCACCCACACUAUCAAUGGGGCCAACGAUCAAGAAGUGCAUGAUAAGAUCUUUGAACUUACCGCUGGAGGGGCCGAUCUUUCUUUUGAAUGUAUUGGAGGUGGCAAAUUCAUCGAAGCUGCCGUUAACAAUUGUGGUAAUUUGGGGAAAGUGAUUUACUUAGGGGUUUCUGCUCUCACUGAUGUUGUCAAUAUUCCAGUUUUGCCGUUCUUACUUGGGGGUAAGACGCUUAUCUCAUGUUUGGAAGGUAAUGCUGUUCCCCAAGAGUUUGUGCCAAAGAUGAUUAAGUGGUAUUUGGAAGGUGAAUUACCAGUAGACAAGAUUGAAAAAGUUUAUCCAUUUGAAGAUUAUAUGGUUGCGUUAGGAGAGAUCCAACAAGGGAAAACCAUUAAGGCGAUUCUUAAAUAUUGA